CCUUGGCCUGCGUCACACUGCUGCUGAAGGAGGAAGUUCGAGCUUACCUUGGCUGGCGGUUGCAGGCACGUUUCUAUUACCCUGACGGCAUCAUAUUUCAAAAUAUUGAACAGGAGACUGGCUGAGUGACGAUGACUCUGCAGUGGACAGCCGUAGCGUUCUUCCUCUACGUGGAGAUCGGAGUUCUCCUCAUCUUCUGUCUCCCCUUCAUUUCACCCAAGAGAUGGCAGUCCGUUUUCAGACUCGGCAUCUGGAACCGGCUGGCUGGAUUCUGGAACAAAGGCUUCCUGACCAUGAUAAUUAUACUCAUUGUUCUGUUCCUUGACGCGGUGAGGGAGGUGCGGAAGUACUCCGGCGCACAGACCGGGAAGGACUCCAAGCUGCACCCCAACAUGUUCGACCACCUGCACAUGAAGCUGUUCCGCGCCCAGAGGAACCUCUACAUCUCCGGCUUCUCCCUCUUCCUGUGGCUUGUAAUGCGGAGGGUCGUCAUGCUGAUUAACCAGCUGGCCACUGCCCUGCUCAACGGCGCCGCCCUGCAGACGCAGACUGACGGAGCCAACGAAGCAGCCAAGAAAUACAUGGAGGACAACGAGCUGCUCAAACAGGCUCUGGAGGACGGGGUGGUGGACAAGGGGAGUGCAGAGGCCAAGGUGGAGCUCAGGAAGGAGGUGCAGAAGCUGUCCGAGGACCUGGAGAACGCAAGGGAGGCCCUGAAGAAGUCUCAGACUGAAAUGGAGGCGAUGAAGAAACAAACAGAAGGUCUGACUCAGGAGUAUGACAGACUGCUGAUAGAGCACCAGAAACUACAGAACCUUCACGAGGACGCGGGAGACAAGAAGGACCAAUAGAAUCGGAGGUAGCCCGCGGCCCUACGAGUGAACCAAUCACACGGCAGGAAGCAGGGCAGCCACCUCGUCCGUGCACUGUUACAUCCUGAUACUGCAGCCCUGAGCGAGACCCACACACACCAGCAGGGCUUUGACCUGUCAAUGACGACCCACAGUCCGUUAUGUCCCAACACACAGGCGGCCAUUUUACGUCCAAAUUUCUGUCUUAAUUUCUUCAUGUUUUGAAAACAGUUGGGAAGAAUGAUUUGCUUUUGUUUUUCUUCAAGGUUUAAAAGCGAGUCAAGCUUCCGUACAUAGACGUAAACGUCUUUGGGCUUCUAAAGCUUUGUUUACGGAUUACGAUGUUUUACCGUUAGGAAAAUGCUAGAUGUAUGUACGUAUGUUUUGAACACACACACACACUCGAGGCUCGCCGCUGAGACGCAUGUUCGCCGUAAUCGAUGGGGGCAAGCGCUGGAGGUGAGCCAUUCCGUUGCUUCGAUUCAAUUUCCGAUGCAUUUGCCGUUUGUUUUUUUCCUUUUUUUUUUGUUUUGUGGCGCCGAUUGUGAUUUUGUAAUUUGCAUAUAUCCAUAAAUGCAUUUGAUUUAUAAGAAAAUCGAAAGCUGUGAAAAUUGCACUGGCAUGUUUGGUUCACGGGUGAGUGCUUUUGAAUAUUCAAAUUUCUCUCUCCCUUGCACUCUCUCUGUUGUUCUCUCUUUCUCUGUCUCUCUCAUCCCUGUUUUAUAAUCUUAUGUAUACGUUUGUGACUAUAAUUUGCGGGCACUCCUGUUCCGAGCGAGCUGUCUUCCAAUGAAAAACCUGGUUUCUGAACCCAGACGCCCACCUCUGAAAAAUCUGUCAGAGCCGGACUAGCAUCCAUCAAAGAACAAGUUUGACGACGAACGUGAUGGUGAAAGUGCUCUGCAGCAAGCCGUCAAUCAUUUUCAGCCAUCGUCCGGUUGGUGAAAACCCCCAGGAAGCGCAAAGCAGGAGUUUCAAGUCCGCCCGCUUUUUCCUGUUUGCGUGCGGUCGGGCGCUCAAACCGUCACGGACAGGAUGUUGUGACGACGUCGCAAAUUUACAGCAUCCGUGACGCAAGCUGUUACCAGCGUACAGAAUGAACCGGAAGAUCGCUCUUGUUUUCUUUGUUAGCAGGGGGUGACCAACCACAGUCCCAGAGAGCCACAGGUCUGAAGGCUGUUUCUCAGCACUUGAUUAACCCUUUAAGGUGUGAAAUUACGACUGUGUGAUGAGUGUUCUUUCCUUAUUGUUGAUGUGACUCUCACAAAAAAUUGAAAGUAAUUGAGAUCUGUCAGAAUUUGGAAUUAGCUCUCCCGGACCAGUGUUGGUCCUCUCUCCGUUAUAUAUACUCACAAUGUUGUUACAUCAAUCAUAAUAUUGGUACUACACCUGUGGAAUGUCUGCUGAGAGGGAAUGUCCUUCAGGUGCCUUAUAGCAGGGGCCCCAAUAGUGUCUGGGGGCCCUGAGGAAUCCCUCAAGGUCCUCAAAAUAAUGCAAAAAAA